AUGGAUAAUGUGGUUAAGAUGCUUAAUAGGCAUGUUAGUUCUAACUCUAAUCAAGGAGUAGUUGUUACAUGUUCUACUACUUGCAGCGGAGAUCAUGAUGAUUCUAUGUGUUCUAGCAGCGAACAAGUUCAAUAUAUCAACAAUUACAACCGUCCACCCCAAAAUAAUCUAUACUCUAAUACCUACAAUCCAGGAUGGCGUAAUCAUCCGAAUUUUGGAUGGAAGGAUCAAGGGAACCAACAAAGACUAGUUAAUCCACCGAAUUUUCAACUGAAGCAACCACUUUCGGAGUCCAAACCAGCUUGGGAAUUGAUAAUUAAGAAGCUGGCAAAUGUAUCAAAUGAUAAAAUUGAAAAGUUAGCUAGUGCCACUACUCAACGGUUUAAAAGAAUUGAGGGAAGGAUGGACCAACUCACCAAUAUGUACAGGAAUGUUGAGAUCCAAUUAUGGCAAAUAGCAAAUGCAGUUAACAAUUGCAACCAAAGGGAUUUACCUAACAAGACUGAGCUGAACCCAAGGGAGCAUGUGAAGGCCAUAACCCUCCGUAGUGGUAAGGAAGUAGGUGAGUCACCUGUAGUUGAAAGUGAGAGAAAAUAUGAAAGAAGAAAAAACAAGCAGUUGAGUGAGUUAGGAGAUGAUAACAAAACAAUUGAUGGGAAAGAAAAGGUAGAAGAGUGUGAGCCACAAAUUGAAGCGGCAACACCAAUUCCUCCACCGGUGCCAUUUCCUCAAAGAUUGAAACCUUCAAGAAAUGACAAAGAAUUUGAGAAGUUUGUCAACAUUUUCAAACAAUUACAUAUUAACAUUCCUUUUGUUGAUGCUAUUUUGCAGAUUCCUUCAUAUGCAAAGUUUCUCAAAGAAAUAAUGACUAAGAAAAGGAGGUUAGUAGAUAGUGAAAUAAUUGCAUUAACGAAAGAAUGUAGUGCCAUCAUACAAAAUAAAUUGCCACCAAAGUUGAAAGAUCCGUGGAGUUUCACAGUUCCUUGCACUAUCGGUAAUGUAGAAUUCUCUAAAGUACUAUGUGACCUUGGUGCGGGUGUUUCAUUGAUUCCUUUAACAGUGGCUAGGCAAUUGGGGUUGAAAGAGUUAAACCAUAUAGAGGAAGAUGUCAAUGUACCUAUUAUACUUGGUAGAUCAUUUCUGACCACUGCAGACACAAUAAUAGAUGUUAAACGUGGUAAGUUUAAGUUCCAAAUUGGUGAAGAGGAAGUGGAGUUUGAUUUGAGUAAAGUGGAGAAGUAUCCCUCUUUUACUGACCAUAUUUAUUCUAUUGACAUAUGUGAUGAAUUAGCAUUAAAGAUAAGUCAAGUUAAUCUUGAUGAUGAUUCUCUUGAACUCUGUCUUAAUGAUGUAGGCUUACAAGAGAAACAAGUUGAAGAAAUGACUGAAUUUUCGCGGGCACAAGUUCCUUAUAAAAGGAGAAAUGCGUAUGAGGAGUUAGGGCUGAACAAAGGGCUACCUCUACCAUCGUGUGAGCAAGCUCCAUGGCUUGAGUUUAAGCCACUCUCUAAACACUUCAAAUAUGCAUUUUUUGGAGAAAAUGAGACAUUACCGGUUAUUGUCAAUACUGCACUACAUGAGGAACAACUAGGAAAGUUUUUACGUGUUUUGAGGAAGCAUUUAAAGGCUAUAGGAUGGACAAUUUCUGAUAUCAAAGAAAUUAGUCCAACUAUUUGUAUGCACAGAUUUUGUUAG